AUGCCCUGGGGUGCCUGUGUUAGGAGGGUUAAUACUCUCUCUUUCCCCCUGCUGUGUGCAAAGUUGGUGUUAGUGCUGGGGGACCUUCACAUCCCCCACCGCUGCAGCGGCCUACCGGUGAAGUUCAAGAAGCUGCUGGUUCCAGGAAAGAUUCAGCACAUCUUAUGUACAGGAAACCUCUGCACCAAGGAGAGCUAUGACUACCUCAGGACGCUGGCCGGGGACAUCCAUGUUGUUAGGGGGGACUCUGAGAGCCUGAAUUAUCCCGAAGAGAAAGUUGUAACUGUCGGGCAGUUCCGAAUCGGUCUGAUUCAUGGCCAUCAAGUUAUUCCCUGGGGCGAUGCAGCCAGCCUGGCACUGCUGCAGAGGCAGCUAGACGUGGACAUUCUCAUCUCAGGACACACGCACAGAUAUGAAGUAUUUGAGCAUGAAAACAAACUCUACAUCAACCCGGGAUCAGCUACAGGAGCCUACAGUGCUUUGGGAAUGAACAUCAUCCCUUCUUUUGUUCUGAUGGAUAUCCAGGCUUCCACAGUUGUGACUUAUGUAUACCAACUAAUUGAGGAUGAUGUGAAAGUAGAAAGAAUUGAGUUCAAGAAGUACUGA